UGGCAUAACUCCACAAACAAACACUCCCGAUUAGUUCACAUUAGAAUUCGGAUCUCAAUCACAAAUCAACUCUAUUUAAUAAACGUCUUCAAUCCCGGUUCCCGCCCUAUAUCUUCUUUUCCAAUCCAUCACUCUGGAAACUCACCAGACACUCUCUCUCUACAGUGACGCAAAAUGAUUGCAGCUCUCAAAUCCGAAGAACAUAGCCAGUUACAGCUCGUGGAAAGAGAAGACAUUGAAGAUGAGGAAGACUUGUUUGAAGCUAUCGAUAAACUGAUUUCUCAGGGAAUUAAUGCUGGAGAUGUGAAGAAGCUUCAAGACGCAGGAAUUUAUACCUGCAACGGCUUGAUGAUGCACACAAAGAAAAACUUGACAGGGAUCAAAGGAUUAUCAGAGGCCAAAGUUGAUAAGAUAUGCGAAGCAGCUGAAAAGAUAGUGAAUUUUGGUUACAUUACUGGAAGCGAUGCUCUGCUCAGAAGAAAGUCGGUGGUUCGCAUCACAACUGGAAGCCAGGCCUUAGAUGAACUCUUAGGCGGUGGCAUAGAAACUUCGGCAAUAACAGAAGCCUUUGGGGAAUUCCGGUCCGGGAAAACACAGCUCGCACAUACUCUAUGCGUUUCCACACAGCUUCCCACUAGCAUGCGGGGAGGGAAUGGAAAAGUUGCUUACAUAGAUACUGAAGGAACUUUUCGACCUGAUAGGAUUGUACCAAUUGCUGAGCGGUUUGGCAUGGAUGCUGGAGCUGUUCUUGACAAUAUCAUUUAUGCUCGAGCAUACACAUAUGAGCAUCAGUACAACCUGCUUCUUGGUCUAGCAGCAAAAAUGUCUGAAGAACCUUUUAGACUCCUGAUUGUGGAUUCAGUAAUUGCUCUCUUUCGGGUGGAUUUCACGGGAAGAGGGGAAUUAGCAGACCGCCAGCAAAAACUUGCACAGAUGCUCUCCCGCUUAACAAAGAUAGCCGAGGAAUUCAAUGUCGCAGUUUAUAUGACCAACCAAGUUAUAGCCGAUCCUGGUGGAGGGGUGUUCAUAUCAGAUCCAAAAAAACCAGCAGGUGGACAUGUGCUUGCCCAUGCAGCCACAAUAAGGUUAAUGUUUAGGAAAGGCAAAGGGGAGCAGCGGGUCUGCAAGGUGUUUGAUGCCCCAAAUCUGCCUGAAGCUGAAGCAAUAUCCUUCCCAUGUUUUUUAGUUGUUGAUCUUAUCCCUAUAUCAUCUAUUAAAAAAUAAUUACUCCAUAAUGGCGACCAUUUGAUCAUUGAUUAUUACUAGAUACUGGUUGAGGUUGGAAACUCAAAUUGCCAUCACCACCUGGUGUCAUGAUGAUCCUUGAUCCUAGACUAAAUACCUACUGCGCACCCAUGCAUCUGAUAUCUUGGCAUUCACAAGCCAGACGGCAUUGGAGAAGAAUUACUAUUAUAUUGUUGAAAAGUUGUUCUUGACAAAGGCAAGUGUUUCAGAUAACACCAGGAGGUAUUGCAGAUGCAAAGGACUGAAAUCAGCUUAAGUUUCUUCUGCGACACCAGAAAAUGCUUGUCGGUUUUCAUUUUCCUGUUAUCUACUAAUAGUUUAGUAUAAAAGUUGUAAAUGAUCAACACAAGAGUCUCCUCAGCAAUAGAAAUUCUUCCAUAUUGAUUUUGAAUCUUAGCACCAUGAAAAGGAUUUUUAUCUACUCUCAUUAUGCUCUGAACAUGUUGUGACUUCUUUAGUAAGAGUAGAACAAGAUGUACUGCAAUUGGCGGACAUGGUGUCAUAAAAACCAAAUGACUUCAAUAACAUAUAAAAUUCAAUAUCAGCAGCAUACUGAUUGUUCUAUUUUUAAAGGAAGCAACCCUGCUAAAGCUUGUGGAAGUAAAAUAUCAUUCUUGAGUUCAAUAAAUAACAUGAUAUAAUUGUUAGGAGGAAGUUCCAAACUUCCAAUAUGCUAGUAAGAGUUGAGUCCACACAUCAAACAUGUAAACUCUUGCAUGCAUCACAAAAAGUGCUAGUGUAAAGCAAUUUUAUUCCAUGUUACAUGCAUUAUCCGUGAAAGGAUCAGUUCAAUAUGGAGCAACAUUUAUAGCCUGCAUAAAGAUGCCUUGGUUUUGACAGUAUGUUCUAACUAGAAGUUCAGUACAAAUUGAAGCAACAGAGUCAUCAAGAUGGUAGCGGAACUUAAAAAAAAGGAUGAAUAAGAAAAAGCAUUGCAAGGCCAAGUGAAUAAUGAAAGUCUUGAUGUAAUCAAGAUGGUUAUAACUUAAGAGCUCAGUAGUGUGUGGACCAGUUUGCAGCACUCCCAACUCUAGGCAUGCCAGUCUCCUUCUUGGCUUCAACAUCCACCUUGAAAUUUGCACCACACACCUGGCCAGAACUAUCCACCCGUGGCUCUGCCCUUAACUCAUUUAGCGGGUGCUCAAAACUCCUCAAACCUCCAGAGGUUGUAAAGAAGCAUCCU